AUGCCGUCACUCCUCCAGAGCUCCGCCAGACCUUUCCUCCUCUGUUCUGCCAACCUCCUCUUGAUCCUCCUCUUCCUCGGCUCCCCGGCCGCACACGGGGCUUCUCUCAGAGAGCACAGACUGCGAGGAAGUGAGUCAGACUCCCAGAGGGGCGACGUCCUCCAGACUCCCAACGUCGACAUGCUCAAAGCUCUGGAGUACAUCGAGAGCCUCCGUCAGAGAACCGGCACCGACUCCCAGCAGCACGGCCCCCUCGCUGCAGGGUACGACGCCUUGGAUGACGCUGAGAAGCUGCGUGCCAUGCUGAGGCUGGCUUCCAACCCUACGCAGAGCAAAGAUGAGGAGGAGGAAGAGGAGGAGGAGGAGGAGGAGGGGAGGGAGGAUAAGAGCGAGGAGCUGCUCCAGGCCGUUCUCAGCACCCUCCAGCAGACGGAGAGAGCCUCCAAGCCGGCUUCCGUCCGCCCCGGCGCCGAUGGUGCAGGCACGACGGACGGCACGUAUCCCAGGGUGCAGCAGAAGCAGCACAGCAUCCUGCCUCACAAGAAGCUGCCGCUGCUGUUUGAGGACGAGGAGGAGGGCGAGGGGGACGAGGAAGAGGACCCGGAGCGCGAGAGCCCCUUCAAGCGCACCAACGAGAACGUGGAGGAGAAGUACACGCCGCAGAACCUGGCGACCCUGCAGUCGGUGUUCGACGAGCUGGACAAGAUGACCAGUGUGAAGAGCGUGCACAGGCGCCAGGACGAGGACGAUGACAUGGAGGAGGAGGAGGAGGAGGAGGAUGCGGGCGAUGAUGAUAUGUUUAACGUGAGGAGUGUGGGAUACGAAGACGGGGAUCUCUCAGACUGGGGUCUGCUACACGAUCAGGAAGAGGAGGAGGAGGAAGAGGAAGACAACAAACACGAGGCAAACAGAGGGCUCGAUUACGUCGACGACAACGACGAGGAAGCCGAUGAGGACGACGAAGAGGACGACGGUGAAAGCUACCCGGUCAAGAGGUCGAACGACCCGGACGACGUCGCCAAACUGGUAGACUACUACCUCCUGAAAGUGCUGGAGAAAACGGAAGAGGAGGAGCAUAAACGAGAGAUAGAGGAAGAGGAGAAAAAGAGGGCAGAGAGGAGGGCGGCUCAGACGCAGUACAGAGACAACGUGGAUCCACGGGCCAUCUACCAGCUCAUCCAGAUCUCACAGAAAUACCAGAUCCCACCCGAGGACCUGGUGGACAUGCUCAGAACCGGAGAAACCAUGAACCAAGACAUGUCACGAAAGAGCAACGGGUUAUCCCGAGCAGAAAGCAAGCUCUCUCAGAUUUCCCCGAGGAAGACGCACAAGAUUCCCGAAGCUAAAUUCUACAGCAGGCGUUUUCCCGACAGACAAAAGAGCCCCGAGGAGCGGAGGACGGAAGAGAUACUGAACAUCCUGGGGUUGGGGGCCGCGGAGGACCGAGCUCCCGUCAGGAAGCAGAAGCAGUACAAAAGCUCACUGUCACGACUCCACACUCUGCCCGCCGGGCGUUCGAGGGAACCCGCUCCCACGCAACGGCGCCCUCCUCCCGUCGCACUAACGGACGACUACGACGACAGCGUGGACGAGGACGAGCUGGCGGCCUAUCUGGCGGCUCAGAUGCUGGCGCGGUACCAGAAGCCGGCGUACAGGAACAACAAGGCGAGCCAGAAGCGUGACGAGGCGGGACAGGGAGCGACGGGCUCGUUCGAACAGGCCUUUCAGGCUUUUUUCGAUCAAAUGGACUCAGAUAAAAGCGAAAAUGAAAAGAGACAGUCGGAGGGGGAGGAGAGGGGAGGAGAAACACAAAUGCAGGGCUUUGAUAGUGAGGCGGUGAUGAAAUUGCUGAGCUCCCUGAACCCAGAAACUGAAGAAAGUGACGCCAAAACUGCAGAAGGAAUAUAA